AUGAGUGAGAGUGAGAAGCAGAGGGUAACCGGAAAGGUCAAGUGGUUCAAUGAUCAGAAGGGAUUUGGCUUCAUAACCACCGACGACGGCGGCGAGGAUCUCUUCGUACACCAGUCCUCUAUCCGAUCCGACGGUUUUCGCAGCCUCGCCCUCGGGGAGUCCGUCGAGUUCCUAAUCGACUCCGAUUCCGAAGGCCGCACCAAGGCCGUCGACGUUACCGGCCCUGACGAAUCGCCCGUGCUGGGCACCCGCGGUGGCGGAGGAGGCGGUGGGGGAAGAGGUGGCUACGGCGGACGAGGCGGAUAUGGCGGAGGUGGACGCGGCGGACGAGGUGGAUAUGGAGGAGGUGGCGGAUAUGGUGGAGGUGGCUAUGGCGGAGGUGGUGGAUAUGGUGGUGGUGGUGGUGGUGGUGGAGGAGGGGGUUGCUAUAAGUGUGGCGAGACAGGUCACAUAGCAAGGGACUGCAGCCAAGGUGGCGGUGGCGGUGGAAGGUAUGGCGGAGGUGGCGGCGGCGGUGGGAGCUGCUACAACUGUGGGGAGUCUGGGCACUUUGCAAGGGACUGCCCUUCGAAUGCGCGCUGA